AUGAAUCGUCCAUCAGAGUACGCAGGACUUGAGAUCAAACCUAUCUUAUCCGAUCAUUUGACACUUCAUGUAAAGUUUGAAGAAAAAAAUAUGGCUACGGCAAAAGAAAAUUAUGAAAAUCGGGAUGCGACAGUUGGUGCUAUUCUUUUUAUAUUCACUAUCUCAGCCAUCCUUAUACUUACAUUUGCCCAAAUGUAUAUUUCUUCACAACCCGGACCACUUUCAAAGGAAGAAAAACUACGCAUGUUUAAAAUAAUGCCAUAUGUGUUGUUUCUUAGUGCUGUAUUAUAUGUCUUCUCCAAGUGCAUACUAUUAAUGAAAUAUAGGAUAGAACUAGAUGAUGAAGAAGAAUUUGAACAAAGAAGAGGAGGCAGAAGUGAUUUUGAGGAAUCACAAAGUUUCAAUCCAAAUGUUACAACAACACGAACUACAUAUACGGUUUAUAAUAAUCAACCACCGAAUGCUCCUUCUGCACCUACUGAAGAAUCCGCAGUUUCAAGACCACAAACGCCUCAAUUUCGUCUUAGUCCUAAGACAACUUCUGCAGAUGAUCUUCCUCCUUCGUAUGAUGAAAUUGCAGAUAAAUUACCUAAAACUUAAUUACAAAUAGAUAAGAAAAUUAACAUGUAUGAAAAAGUCCUAUCUCGAUAGAAAUAAAUUGCAAAGAAGAGAUUAUUACAAUUAUACUUUUCAGCACGCUG